UGUGUCUUGGGCCUGUGAAGUCUUCAGACAGCAUGCACGACCUCCUUUUUCUUGUCUUGUCCUGUUUAAUUUCGCCAGAAGCGACGGCGGGGACGGUUUAUCAGUUCCCCGCUUCGGUGAAGGUGAGGUCGGGUGAAAGAGUGAGCAUGAGCUGCCAGCUGAACGAGGUGCAGUCCUUCUGUCACAGAGUGGCCUGGGUCAGGGUGCAUCCCGUGAGUGGAAUAACAGACGUUCUGCAGGACAAGCUUCAUCAGAAUAAAGAGCAGCCGGAAUCCUCGGUGUGUCGCUUUUCCAUCCACGGCGCGACGGUGCAAGACUCGGGCAUGUAUUACUGCAUCGCUACAGACCGUGAGCAUAUGUACCUUGGGAACGGCACGGCUGUUACUGUGCAAGCUGAUAACGCCGUGAUGCCGUCUAUUGAUAUCAUGGCUUUUGCCAGCAGCAAGAACCACGGCUCCACAGUCACUCUCCAGUGUGCGGUCGGAGGAUUUGCUUCAUCACAGGUCCAUGUGCACUGGCUCAUAGGGAGCAGGAAGGACAAUGGACGCGCUUUCUCUGUUUGGGAAGAAGGUGAAGAGGUCUCUGUGAAAACUCAUAAUUACGCGGCAGUAUCGGCUGAGGAGUGGAGGACAGGAGGAGCUUGCACCUGCGUUGUGAAGUUCAGCGGAUGGAUGUUCAACAAAACUCUGCAUUAUCAUGAUAUCCAGGACACUUGCUAUCCUCUUGUCAGUGUAAGCAGAAUCUUUGCACUUGUGACUGCUCUGCUCUUUUUAACUACCUCAGCAAUUUUAGCAGGACGCUUGUGAACCAGAAAUGGUGUAUUUGAUCCGAAACCAUCAAAACAAAUGUUGAUUUGCUACAAAUAAUGCUUUCACACCCCAAUAACUCAUAACACAUGUACGAUUUAGCAAAAUGAGUUUGAACAAAGUCGGACAAAUUAGGCACCUUGUAAAAAUUUGUAUGAAUUACCAUGAG